AUGGCGAGUAGUUGUUGUACGCCAAAUUCUGAAUUAGUAACAGAAUUGAAGCAUAUCGAAUGGAUGAAAAAUCUACCAACAAAUCUUCAUAAUGAACCUAUCACAAAACUUGCUAUACCCGGUACACAUGACUCAUUUGCAUUUCAUUUAACAUCUCAACCAGGACCUGAUUUAAUUCCAAAUUUAAGACGUUUUCAUUGGAUUCUUCGUCCUAUUAUUAGAAAUUGGAGUAUUACACAAAAUAAAAAUUUUACUGAACAAUUACAAAUAGGUAUUCGUUAUUUUGAUUUACGUGUUUGUCGUACAACAGAUGAAAAUUUAUGUAAAAAAUCACCAUUUACAUUUACACAUGGUUUAUUAGGUAGAUUAGUUCGAGAGUGUUUAGAAGAAAUGAAUGAAUUUUUGAACAAAUAUUCUCAAGAAAUAAUUUUACUUGAUUUCAAUCAUUUUUAUGAUUUUAUUGAAGAUCAUGGUCAUAAGAAAUUAAUUGAUCUUAUACAUGAAGUAUUUGGUACAAAACUCUGUACAACAGCACGAACAAUAAAUGAAUGUACAUUAAAUUAUUUAUGGAAUCAUAAACAACAAGUUAUUUUACUCUAUGAUGAAGAUGCUGAUAAAUGUUCACCUUAUAUGGAUAAAAUAGGACAUUUUUUUAAAGUUUGUGAAUCGCCAUGGCCAAAUACACCUAGAGUUGAAACUUUAUUUUUAUUUCUCAAUGAAAAAGUAUCCCAACCUCGACCUACAACUUGCAUUAAUGUUACGCAAGGACAAACUACACCGGAUGGUUCAUCUAUACAAAGAAAUCCAUUUAGUUCACUUUAUGCAAAUGCAAAACAGACAAAUGCAACAUUAAUUAAAUGGAUAUCAGAUCGUCAACGUGAUCCAUCACUUGUCAAUGGUGUUAAUGUUGUUAUCUGUGAUUUUGCUGAUCAAGCUUUUACUAAUUCUGUUAUUAAUUUAAAUUAUAAAAACUCAACGAAAGAAAUUUCUACUUAA